AGUAGUGUUAGUUAGGCCAUGGCGGAUAAUACGGAUAACAACAAUAAUUUCUCAAGUCAAGAAACGAUUUCAAGAUCUUCAGAAGAGUCAUGCGAACAACAAAAUGAUCCAAGUGAAAUCGAAGAACGUUUUCGAAUUGACCGAAAGAAGUUAGAACAGAUGCUGAAAAAUGAACUCAGUAAUUCUGAAUAUGGAACAGAAGCGGAAGAAUUCUUUGAAAAGGUUAUGAAAGCAACAAGCACUACAAUAACAUGGCCUUCUCGACUCAAAAUCGGUGCUAAAUCAAAGAAAGAUCCUCACAUUAAAGUAUUCGGCACUGCAGAGAACAUUCAACUGGCUAAGGAACAUGUAAUGAGAGUUCUCGAUUCUAAGAGUCAACGCGUUACUUUGAAGAUCGAGGUUCCUUAUACAGAACAUAGUCAUGUGAUAGGGAAAGGUGGACAAAAUAUCAGAAAAGUUAUGGAAAAAACCAACUGUCACAUCCACUUCCCAGAUUCAAAUCGUGGUAAUACGCAGGAUAAAAGUAAUCAGGUUUCGAUCUCGGGAAGUCCAAAGGGAGUAGAGGAAGCCAGAGACAAGAUUCGAGCUCUACAACCUUUAUUGGUGUCUUUUGAGAUAGCUGCCUCACUAGUUCCAGCUCAAUAUCUCGAUUCAUCGUCUGAAGCUAUUGAACAAUUACAAUAUGGAAAUAAUGUCACUAUUAUGACUAAAUAUCGAGGUAAUACUAUCGUAAUUGCGGUUAGAAGUUCUGCGUGGAAUGUCAAUGCCAUAAAAGUUAUAAUCUCUGAACUGAGCAAUGGUCGAUUAAUGCAAAUUCCUGUAAAAUUACAAAUGGAGAUGUCUCAUCAACAUCAUGCUGCUCUUAUAGGGAGACAUUGUUCAGCUUUAAAUCAAGCUAUGACUCUCUCUCAAACUAAGAUUCAAUUGUCUGAAAUAAGUACCUGUAAAAGGUACACAGCAACUAUCGUAGGCUUUUUUGAUAGUGUCUUCGUAGCUCGGCAAAUUAUCUUGGGUUACCUACCAAUAGUGUUGAUGUUUGAUGCAAAAGAGGAUGCACCAUUCGAUCAAGCAAGCGUAAACACCCUGGCUUCUGAACUUGAAUUGAAUGUCCAUAUCAAACCCAAGCCGAAACAAUCAUCUAAGUCAGUCAACGUUAAAACGAAAGAGCAAAAUAUUAUCAAAGCUUUCCAGUCAAGGCAAAGACUGCUUUGCUUGUCUUCAGAAGAUAAUGUACCUACCCGACCAGAAAGUUCUAUCCCGCCCCCUGUCACAAAUAGCUAUUAUCAUCAGCCAGUUGUUUUACUGGCUCCCUCUUCUCAAAUGCCUCCUAGCUAUCUGUACACCCCUACAAGAGUCGUUCAGUCGAUGAAACCACCAGAAUCUGGUAAUAAGAAACACUUUUAUUCUCGAGAUUCUUUACGGUUAAAAACCAUUACAGAACGAAAAGCGAAUGGGGCCCCUACAAAAUCUCACACUUCAACUUUAAACUCCGCCCAAUGGCAUCAAACCAAAGAUGCGAAGCCUCUAGACAGGAAUCUUGCAACAGAAUCAAAAUCUAAUCAAAACAAUGAUAGUUUCUCUGGAAAAGACAUUAAUUUAAAAUUAACGUCGAGCACAAAUUCUUUACCUGAUGUUAGACCCCCACCAGGCCUUACAAAGGCUUGUGGUAGCUAUUCUUUUGGUUGCACCGAAAUGAAGACAAAAUUCGGUGAAGCGGGACUUGCAAAACGCUCACAGGGUUCUGCCAAAUUAUUAGACGAGUUAUUUAAAUCUAAGCGGACACCUUUUGCUGUUUCUGAUGUAAGCGGUACAUCGCCUGCAUCCUGCGAAAGUGGAGUUGAACUAGAUUCGGACGAUACCUUUUUGAAUGAACAACGAAAGGCACCUGGUGCUAAUCGUCCUACUAGAAUUUCAAAUCAUUUCGAUUCGUCCUUGAUUGAAAAUAAUGUUCUCUUCGCUCCAAAUCGAAAGAAUUAUGAAGAAAGGAAACAUCUAGCUGAUUUAGCUAUUCAAAAGAGGCCUGAAGGAGAGACGAGAUCACCUACUAAUUUUUUCUCUGGUUAUGGUUUCUCAAAAUCGAUGUCAUGUACUCCCCUAGAAAAUUCAGUCAGAAAUAUAAUGCUUCAAUCUAGUGAAUUGUGUACUAUGCCAGAAAAUGAUCCUAAAAAUGAUAUUGAUUCGAUUGCAGCUGUAAGUGACAUUCUUCAUCAAAAUGAUUUGGAUAAAUAUAUAACUAAAUUUGCUGAAGAGGAGAUUGAUAUGAGUACUUUUCUCACUUUAAACGAAAGCGACUUGAAAGAAUUACACAUUGAUACUUUUGGUGCCAGAAGGAAAAUAAUCUUGCUAAUUAAAAGUAAUUUUAUUCUUUUUGCUAUAAAUACUUUAUGAAAAAGAUGUUUCAGAUCUACAAACUGCUGCAAAAAAUCAUGAAACUUCAGAUACAACCUCUAUGCUGCUGGAUAAUUACUGCACUAGACCUAAAUCAGAAGUGGAUCCUAGUCAAAGCUCAACGUGGUAAAUGAAAGGAAUCUCUUUGCUGGAAAUGUUCCUCUUUUAUUAAGCCUGAUUUUUAAUUUGCAAGCAUUUCUCGACAAACUGCAGACUUUGCUGCCAAUACAACAAUCAUGAUGGUUUUUAGUUUAUAACCUCGGCACAAAUCAGUGUGCCUGCAUGCAUAUUCUUCUCGUGUCUUCAGAAAUUCAUGCCUUAUUUGCUUGCAGAACUUUUAUUAAAACGCUGUGAUGUUUUUCUAUGCCAUUUUUAUUGUUGUCUAAAUAUGUCAUUUUUUUUUAUUGUUCAAUUUUCACGUGAUGCCUUAAGCAUCUAAGAUUUUAAUGAGUGAACCAAUAAUUAGGAAUGUCUUUUGUGUAGUGUUAAAUUUUUAGAUGUUACGGCUAAUCUAAUACUCUGUUCAAUCUUUUACACUUUUUUUUUUGUGCUCAAGUUUCCAAUCAAUAUCUCAUUGUAUCAGGGUAAUAAACAUGGAAGAAUAAAAUAGGACUUUGAAUAAAUGAUAAAGAUGACAUAA